AGAAGGAUGCUGUUCACUCAUGCGAGGAGCACGCGCAAGAUGACGCGCUGACAUUUUUCUCACAGGAGGCGCGCGCCUCGCCAUGUGCUGCUGUCCGUAUUCAAGAAACAUACCUAGACACAAAGCGGGCGCAUCGUGGUAAAAAACAGCCCCACCCCAAAUAAGCAAUGACCCCAAGCUUCACACUGGUCCUCGUUUACCCAGUUCUACCUCAGCAUUUUUAAGUAGGAUAGGCGACGUCUGUGUCAGCAGGAUGGGACAAAGGCAGGACCGUUUUAACCCUUGCGGUCGCAAACGGAGACCGAAGUGCCUACAUCUCUUUUGUUACACAUUACUGGUUGAUCAGUGAAAAUAAGCGAUGGUUAAUGGAGACGUGUUUGUGCGCGUGAGUGUGUUGGUGUUAAAAAGUGACCCGCCUCUUCCCUCAUUUCCACAGUCCCCUCCCUCAAGAAACCCCCCUUUUCCACUCGCCUUUUGUGUUCACGGUGCCCUACACACCGACUGCAUUCCUGUUUCCCUCAGUAUUGACUCAUUCAAGAGGUCUGUGUUGAAAGAAAGUAUCACAAUUGUGUGGAAAUCACUCGCAUCUACUUCAGUUCUGAGACUUCGUGUUGAGGAAAUACCGUUCAUACUUUCACACGUUCACUUACCUCUAAGGAUAAAGGGGAAGUGGACACAAAUAUACAUUUUAAACGCGUGAAAUGGAUUAAAUCCCAUCGAGGAAAGCUGGAGCACCACAGACGAACCAAGCGACGGAGAAGGGCUCGGAGGGAGUCUAUGAAUUUCCAACAUCAACGAGAAAGAGAUUAUACUCGACCAAACCCCAAAAUGAUGUCUCCAAAAGACAAGCCGAAGAAAAAACCUCCUAAAGACAGCAUAACAUUGCUGCCCUGCUUCUAUUUUGUGGAGCUGCCAAUAGUUGCAUCCUCCAUGAUCUCCCUUUAUUUCUUGGAGCUGACAGACGUUUUGCAGCCAGCCAAAGUAGGUUUCCGUUGCCAUGAUCGCACACUGAGCAUGCCCUAUGUGGAAACAGGAGACGAGCUCAUUCCUCUGCUCAUGCUGCUCAGCCUGGCCUUUGCUGGCCCUGCAGCGUCUAUCAUGCUCGGGGAGGCCUUAAUGUACUGCAUGCAGUCCAAAUUGAAGAUUCCCUCUGGUUCUGAAGGGAGUAUAAACGCAGGAGGUUGUAAUUUCAACUCAUUCUUACGCAGGACGGUCCGUUUUGUGGGUGUUCAUGUGUUCGGGCUAUGUGCCACCGCACUGGUGACUGAUGUUAUCCAGCUGGCCACUGGCUAUCAUGCACCCUUCUUCCUAACCGUCUGCAAACCCAACUACACCCUGCCCGGUGUGGCCUGUGAUAAAAACCCAUACAUAACCCAGGACAUCUGCUCUGGCCGGGACCAGUAUGCUAUUUUGUCAGCCAGGAAAACUUUUCCUUCACAGCAUGCCACUUUGUCAGGCUUUGCAGCCGUCUACAUAUCCAUGUACUUCAACGCCACAAUCUCAGACAGCACCAAGCUGUUGAAGCCUGUGCUGGUGUUUGCCUUUGCCAUAGCAGCAGCCCUGGCCAGCUUGACCCAGAUCACCCAGUAUCGAAGCCAUCCCAUCGACGUCUACGUGGGUUUCGUGAUUGGAGCUGGCAUUGCUGUUUAUCUAGCAUUGUACGCAGUGGGGAACUUUGGAUCAAAUGAAGAGACCUCCCCCAAACCAUUAAAGCAGACCCAUCAACCAACACAAAAAGAUCCUCUGAGAGAACUGACACAGCGUGGCCAUGACUCGGUGUACCAGAAGGGUCAUGCUUCUGAGAGCAAUGACGAACUGUCCGCCCCGCCGCAUGUUGCCGGCCUGAACCGUAAGGUGCGUCGAGAGAAGGCCUCUAUGGGCAGCCUAAAGAGAGCCAGUGCAGACGUUGAGCUCCUGGCUCCUCGCAGUCCAAUGGGAAAGGAGACCAUGGUGACUUUCAGUAACACUCUGCCCCGUGCCAAUACCAAUGCUAUGGAGGAACCUGCUCAACGUCACAUGACCUUCCAUGUGCCAAUGGACUCUCAGCGCUCUAAACAGCUGGUGUCUGAAUGGAAACAGAAGUCUAUGGAGAUGCGCAGUCUUAGCCUGAGGGACGAUGAGGAGGAGGAGGCGGCCGCUGCGGAGGGAGUUGAUGGAAUUGAGGAGGAAGGUAACGACGAGCUGGGCAUGCAGACCUCUCUUUAUCCUACGGUGCAGGCCAACAGGGGAGCAACAGCGACGACGGCAGGAGGGAGCACCAGGGUGAUAAUCCCUCAGAGGCCUGGUGCACCACAGUUAGUUCACAUCCCUGAAGAAGCCACUCGACCUCCACCAGUGUCACCUAAAAGUGCCAUAACGCGUGCAAAGUGGCUCUCUAUGACAGAGAAAGGCGGUCCGGUACCAGCUGCCACUCCGGAACUGCCACGUCUGCCCAACCAGCCGCGGGUUAUGCAGGUCAUUGCCAUGUCAAAGCAACACGGUCCGGUUACUGUUACCACACCCAAGUCUUCUGAGACCGCCUCAUCUUGUGGCACUUCCAGCACAGGAUCAGAGUCUCCCUACUACCGUAUCCCCUCUGACCGAGACAGCGCCAGCAUUGUUACGGUAGACGCUCACGCCCCUCACCACCCAGUAGUGCGUCUUUCUUCAGGCAACGGGAACACAUGGGAUUGGAGGAGCACCACUGGUGCCAAAACUGAGGUUCAGGAGACCAGCCGAACACUGCCCAGGCAGGAGUAUCGUCCAAUCAAAACAGAGUCCCUGUGCUCUUCCUCCACCGAGCAUGAUACGGGGAUCCUGCCUCCCCCACCCCACCCCGACUUGCUCUUGGACGGCAGUCUCAGCCUAGAUUCGUCCCUCCACCGUAACUCCUCCGUCUCAGCGAAAGACUGGGACCCUGGACAGCCUCAUCCAGAACCAGACCACUUCUUUAAGAACUUGCAAACAAACAGACCAUUUAAAGAAUAAUGCAGGGACUCUUCAGACUUCUUUUAGGAGAAAUCCAAUGUGAAUAUUUUUUUGAUGGUUGGUGUGAGAAGGCAGACUUUUUGGUUAUCUCACAUUGAGCAUCUGGGGUGGAUUAGUGCAGUGAAGCACCAGAAGGCUCACACAGACUUGAGGGGGGAAUUGUGAGUAUGUGUGAAUAAAAGCAGACCCACAAAUCUGACAAGACUACGUCAUAAAUUGUCAAAGACUAGGUUUACAUGUACACCAAUAAUGUAAUUUUUCCCAAUAAUCAGAGUAAGGACUUAAAGGAAAACACCAAAGUUUUUCAAUAUUUUACUAUGUUCUUACCUCCACUUAGAUGACAUACCUAUAUUUUUUCAAUGCGUGCACUUAAUCUUUGUACAGCGCGUCGUGGAUGUGUUAGCAUUUAGCUUAGCCCCAUUCAUUCCUUAGGGUCCCAACAGGGAUGAAUUUAGAAGCCACCAAAAACGUCCAUGUUUUCCCUAUUUAAAGACUGUAAGUAUGGUGGCAUAAAAUAAAACUUGGCGAUUUUUUAAGCAGAUAAAAAAUGAGAACUAUAUUGUAUGGCAGAAGAGCACUUAGUUUACAGCACUUCAACCUCAGGUGCCACGUUUUAUUUUGUGCCACAAUACUUACUCGUGUAACUACGGUACUCAAGUAACAGUCUUUAAAUAGGGAAAACAUGGAAGUGCUUCUAA